AUGAACCCUUACGACUGGAUCUCCUUGUUCUACAUUGUUGCGAAAGAUGGGAAGAAAUAUGAGCCUAUUUUUGGCUACUUAAGGAGGAUGAUCAAGUCUUACAUCUUGGAAAUUGCAAAAAUAGAUGUUGGGAUUGCUUAUGUUUUGAAGAAGAGACCAAUUCUAAACCAAUUUGAUCAACCAGAAGACAUCCAACAUCUAAAAGGUGGAUUCUUUGACAAGGAACAUUGGAGCAGCGUUUUCAAGAUGAAAGAAGAAGCGAACAGUUCAAACUCCGCCGGGGAUGUUAAAUGCGUUUCGGACAUGAUUCGUAGGUAUAUAGCUGUCCGAACAUCCCUUCUGAAGAUUUAA